AUGGUUGGACUCCUGCCGUCCUCGCAAAGGCGGUCCCGGCGGUCACAACACCACAUCGGUCGGUCUCUUCUCCUCGCUUCUCUCGUCUUGGGGACAGCAUCUGCUCAGCAGCCUAUCACUGAGGGAGAUGCAGUAGCGAUGUCGGGAGAGCAAUCCUCGCUCUUUCGCAUCUUUGCCUACGCCGGCUUGGUAUGGUAUUGCUUGAUAUGGUCCGUCUGCCUCCUCGGCCUGAGCCUAACACGUCGAUUCGCACGCUCCGAGUCGCCAAGAUCUCCGCUCUCCCCGCCGCGGUCUUCAGCCAUUCUCACAAAUCAGUCGGACAAUUCGGGCAGUCUCGACUCGCUCCUGCAUCGACAGCAGCAACAUCAUGAUCAACAUGCGGAAUCUGUGCCGGGCGUGUCGAUCUUGCGGCCACUCAGCGGACUCGACAGCAAUCUCUACUCCAACCUGUCGUCCUCCUUCACCCAAGACUAUCCUACCUCGCGCUAUGAAGUCAUCCUAUCGCUCCGAAAUGCCUCUUCUGCAGAGUCCCAGAAAGUCCUCAAUGUCGCUCAGAUGGUUGUGGCUGCUCAUCCGAACGUCGACGCGCGCAUCAUCAUCGGCGACCAAAUCGCAGGGGUCAAUCCCAAGAUCAACAAUCUGGUCCGCUCCUAUGCUGCAGCCAAGUACGACAUUGUCUGGGUCGUAGACAGUCAAGUCUGGUCUCCUUCUGGUGCACUCGCGCGUGCCGUCGACGACCUUUGCAUUGAGCCGGCAAAACGACCGAGUCCAUCCCCCAGCUGGUUGCCACGCAAGCCGCACGGCGGGCGGGUGGGUCUCGUUCAUCACGUUCCCUUCGCAGUCCUCCCAAGCACUUCAUGGGGGUCGAGGAUCGAGCGAGUCUUUCUUUCAACGACACAUGCCAAGAUGUACCUUGCUCUUAACGCCCUUACGAUCGAUUCGUGCGUCAUGGGCAAGAGCAACAUGUACCGCAAGUCGGAUCUCGCCUGCGUUCCCGAUUCGUUCUUCAAGGUCUCUGACAGUGGCAGUCAGGGCGAGGAAGGUGCAAUUGGCAGCUUUGCAUUUUCGCAUCAGUCUCAAUCUGCGACACCAACCAGCGUCAGCAUGUCAAAGUCGCCAUCCCAUCAAAGAGGUCAAGCGGGCUCGGAUCAAGAAGAACUUUCCAACGAUCAAGUCAAGAACCUCUCGCGACCAUUGGCUCGAUUCUCGAUCUAUCUCGCCGAGGACAACAUGCUUGCACAGUCGCUGUGGGAUCCACCGCUCAGCCUAUCGCACACGCUGUCCUCGUCUGAUCUUGCCUACACAUCAGUGGGCGACAUUCGCACGCUCGCCGACUACACGCGUCGACGGAUGCGCUGGAUCCGCGUGCGCAAGUACAUGGUGCUCGCACCGACCUUACUUGAGCCGCUGACCGAAUCGAUCCUUUCAGGUCUGGUUGGCUGGCUUGCCUUUUCGACGCUGCUGCUGCCAAUCCUCUCACCCUCUGCUGGUGCUGCACCGAUGUGGAUCCGACUGCUGUUCUUCUGCGUCCACUGCGGUGCAUGGUUCACGGUCGACUAUACGGUGUUUCAGCGGCUGUCGGUGGCGCACGAGUUUCUGUCGUGCAAUCCGGGCGUGGAUCACGCGGACAGCAUGAGCGUCGUCGAGUUUGCUGCUGCGUGGGCGAUGCGCGAAGCUCUGGCGCUGCCUAUUUGGGCGUGGGCCAUUCUGGGCAGCACCGUCUCGUGGCGCAACAAGACCUACCGCAUUCUUCGCGGUGGGCGCGCGGCCGUCGUUUCGAGUGGCUCGAAGGCGGGCUCGAAACGCUCAAAGACCACUUCUCACAAUGAGGAUCUGGAUCCUCUCUUACAUUCAGAUCGUCAGUAG